GUUAUAUUUGAGAUUAGUUUCUCCGAUUCCUCUCUCUGUGAAGAGAAGAAAAAUUACACGAACUUCCAUUAGAAAUCACCGACUCGCAGAACAGAAGAACCUUUCUCUCUUUCUCUCAUUAAAUCUUAUUCACGAAACCUCGUGAAUUGAAUCUCGCACUUCCAAAAUCGAUUGAUCGAUCCAUCAAACCCUAGAGAUGGUGAGGAAAAAGGUACCGGAAUGGUUGAAUAGCACCAUGUGGUCUACUCCUCCUCCUCCGCCGUCUUCUUACGACGACGGUCUCCACCGCCAUUCUCCCGUCACUAAAAUGAAGGAAGAGGCACAAUCAAUUUCCGUUGCUCCCAGGCUUAACUCUGCUCCUCCGCCUUCUUCCGCCGCUUCUUCGGUUCCAUCGCCGUCGCCUAGACCGAGGAACGGUAGCAGUAUUCCUAGCGGUAGUGGCGAAAAUAGAAACGCCGGUGGUUCUUCCUCCGAGGACUUUUCCCGCCAGGCUCAUCUCUCAGCAGAGUUAUCAAAGAAGGUGAUCANUGCUUUAUUUAUGCUCUUACCAUCUUAG